GAUUUUGACAUUUGUGUGACAACACGUCGAAAAUGGCUGACUCUGGGCCAAGUAAAAGCGAUAUUGAGUCAAUUUUUCAAAGACUACGAGCUAUUCCAGCAAAUAAAGUAUGUUUCGACUGCAACGCGAAGAACCCUACGUGGUCGUCGGUGACGUACGGGGUGUUCAUCUGUUUGGACUGUUCUGCGGUGCACAGGAGUCUCGGGGUGCAUCUAACGUUUGUGCGCUCAACACAACUUGACACUAACUGGACAUGGAAGCAGCUCAGGAACAUGCAGCUUGGCGGGAAUGUAAAUGCGACUCAGUUCUUCCGGACCCACGGGCUGGCGACGGAGGACGCGCGGCAGAAGUACAGCUCGCGCGUGGCGCAGAUGUACCGCGACAAGCUCAGCGCCCUGUCCGACCACGCCAUGAAGACUUACGGCACUAAGCUUCACCUGGAGCCGGCAGCCCCGGAGCCCAAGGAGAGCAAGGAGGCCGAGGUAGACUGGUUCGCGGAGCACGGUGACGCGCCGCAUGCUAACUCGCACGGGCUUGCCUCGCAGGCGCCGCCCGUGAAAGAGGAGCUGAGCUCGGAGGCGCGGUUGUGGGGCGCGCCCGCCGACGCCGCGCGCCCAGCCGCCGCCGCCGCCCGCCGGCCGCAGGGCAAGCGGCAAGGGCUGGGUGUACGGAAAGGUCUCGGCGCGACUAAAGUGGCGGCUAAUUUCGAGGACAUUGAACGCGAGGCCAUCAUGGCUGAAAAACUCAAAAUGGAGGCGAAGGCGGCCGAGAGCACGGCGACGAUCGAGUCGGUGGAGCAGGAGGUGGCGUCGCUGCGGCUGCAGUACCGCGACGACCGCGCGCGCCACUCCGACCGCCUCGGCAUCGCCGCCGCCAGCCGCGCCGCCCGCUCCGGCGUGUCGCACUCGGCGGCGUCAGAUAUGACUACGAUCGAGCAGGAGGGCGCGCCGACGCGCACGCACGACGCCGACGACUUCAACUCCGCGUUCACCAUGAUCAGAAACGAGCCAUACAGCAACAACCGCGGCCUGGACUCGCUGCUGGGCGAGGGCCCGCCGCGCGCGCUGUCGUCGUCGUGGGAGAACAUCGAGCCGGAGCCGACGCGCGCGCUGCACACCAUGUUCUCGGCCGAGCCCGCGCCCGCGCCCGCGCCCGCGCCCGCCAAGCCGCAGCGCUCGCGCCGCCCGGAGCCCGUCGAGGAUGACUCCGCCGUCAAGAAGUUCGGUUCCGCUAAGGCCAUCAGCUCCGCACAGUUCUUCGGGGAGAAUGACAACCGCUUCGAGCGCGACGCGAACCUGUCGCGCUUCCAGGGCAGCUCCAGCAUCUCGUCGGCGGAGUACUUCGGGCGCCGCGACGCCGCGCCGCCCGCCGCCAACGCCUUCUCCGUCUCCGCGCCCGACCUCGACGAGGUGCGCGAGUCGGUGCGCGCGGGCGUGACGCGCGUGGCGGGCCGCCUGUCGUCGCUGGCCAACGGCGUGGUGUCGUCCAUCCAGGAGCGCUACGGCUACUGACCGCCGCCGCCCGCGCCGCCGUCGCCGGCCGCCGGGGACAUGUAGAUAACACGAACGCUGCGACUGUCAUCGUUACAUCUCAAUCGAAACAAAAAAUAAACAAACCUAACAUGAUAGCCCGACUUUAUAAAUGUUUUCGGAAGUUUACAGGUCGAUGUGUGCCCGUUACCUCCGUUUAGUAUUUUUCUUCUCGAAGAAAGUGUAUGUGGAAAUUGCCCAAUUUACAUUAGUGCAAUAAUACGAUUGAUGUUUUUGAGUAUUAAAUACAUUUAUGUCCAUUUAUAAAUAUCACUUGUUAAAUAAAAUUAUUACAGCAGCGNCAGCAGCUGACUUUGAAGCAAAUGUGUGUAAUGCAAUAUUGUUACUAUUCACUAGAAACGAUAAUUAUCCUAAUACUAUGGCAUAAUUUUACAUUUAGUAUAUUUAUAAUGUUAGAUAACUUGCUCACUAAUAACUUGGUAUAAUAUUUCACAUUCGGCUUGUAAUAAAAUCUACUGCAAUGAUAAUAUCC